AUGUCUCCCUACCGACUCGUCUAUGGAAAAGCUUGCUUGCCGGUUGAACUUGAGCACAAGGCGUAUUGGGCGAUCAAGAAGCUCAACUUCAAUUUACCUCUCGCCGGCGCCCACCGGAAGCUACAAUUGAUGGAGUUUGAGGAGAUCAAAUUGCGCUCACGUUGGGCCGGUCCUUAUGUUGUUAAAACUGUUUUCCCUCACGGGGUGAUAGAAGUAGAAAGCUUGAGUAAUGGUUCUUCUUUUAAGGUGAAUGGUCAAAGGCUUAAGCCUUUCCUUGGUGGCUUCGAAAUUGGUGAGCCCAAUGAGGAUUUGGUCAAUCAUGUUUAUGCUGAUGACCCUGUUGGAUAG